UGACAGCUGUCACUGCACUUGAGAAGGGUACAAAACGGAACCGUUCCACCGGAUGGGAGUGUAGGUUCGCUGUGUCUUUCUGUGCAAUUCUCAAUGAUUUCCGGAAAUCGUGCCCGUUUCUCUUUCUCGGAAAGUGAAAACAAGUGUGAGAGGAGGAUUGAGGGCAGGAGCGGGUGGAAGAUCUUCCGGAUCUUUAGAGAGCUGUGAGCGAAACCAGACAGCGAAGUGAGUGAACACGUUCAAAGCCCGCUGGGACAGCAGAGAGCUAUUCGCUGCAUGCUAGGUACCGAUAUUCUCAGCCUCGGGGAAGCUCCCUUCCACAGAAAGUAAGAGACUUCCGAGAUGGUAGUCUUGUCACAAAUGUUCGCAGAUGACAUACCACUGCCUCGUGGAAAUGCAGCCAAAUUGUCAGCCAUCUUCGUUAUGCUUGCAUCUUUCAGCUAUAUGCUUAUUUCUUCUGAAGUAAACAUCAUUGCACAGCAAAUCAUGCUUCAGCUUUUUAUAUCAUUACUAGCUGGAGGUGUGUUAAAGCUGUGUGCAUUUCUGGAAGAAUGCAGGCACAUCCCUUCCAGAUACAAAAAUAGCUGGAAGGCUUUCAAUGCAUCAUUUAAUAUAAAAGGAUAUGGCUGUGGAAUAGUGACAUCUGUACUAUUCUAUUGCAUUGUUCAGGACUGUAAGAUUGAUAACAUUCAUUUUCCAAGUUCUUUGGCAUGGAAUGUAAGCAAUUGCUGUUUCUGCUAUGCUUUCCUCAAGGUUUUUGGAUUCCUUGACCCCACUCCAGCUGAUAUUUCGGAAAUCUGUGAGGAGAGUAAAUUUAAUGUUGCUCAUGGAUUGGCUUGGUCCUAUUACAUUGGUUACCUGAAAUUAAUUUUGCCAAAUCUGGAAGAAAGAAUAAAAAGACACAACAUUAAAAAUGUACUAGAUUGCAAAGAAAAUUGGAAGUUGUACAUCCUAAUCCCAUUCAGCUGUAAGAUUUAUGGCAAACUGGAGAAGAUGGACAGUAAGAUUGAAUUCUGUCAAAACCUGCCAGAGAUCUGUAUUGACAGAGCGGGGAUAAAAGCAAGAAGUUACAGGAAUAGUAUUUAUACCAUUUAUGAUCAAAAUAACAGGCCUCAUCACUGUGUCCUUGAAUAUGCCACACCACUGGGGUCACUGUUUGAAAUGUCGAACGAUGCCUCUGCAGCUUUUAGCAAAGAGAAGUGUCUAGAGCAGGCCAAGUUGUUCUAUGUCACCUUAGUGAAUAUCCUGAACAACUCUCAAGAAUGUGCAGGUUACUUUAGACUAAUUCCAUAUGACGAUGACUUAGAGGAACGACAAAUGGACUCACAUUUUCUGUCAACCAUGAUCCUGAAGCAUUUGGCGCAGGAGAGAAUAGAAUAUAGUGUACCAGAACAAACCACUUGGAAUGAAAUUUUAAGUGAAGACCAAUUAAUGAUCAGCAAAAGUGAUGAUCCACUGCCUUUAAAAAGUACAAAUCAUUAAGUGGUGUAUUUUUAUACAUAUAUUUUACUGUAAUUUUCUCUAGUGUUUUAUCUCAAGAUUGUAUUGUACUUUUCAGUGUUGACACAAUGUUAGUUGCCAAUGUUAGAAUUAAAUGUUGUCUAUAUUCCUUUUGAGACUGAAAUGGAAUAUCAGAAUUAAGUGACAAGUACCAACGAAGUUUCUGCACAACUCUCAGGAGCUCUUAUCCUACCUACUAUAUAGGAGGUACUAUCUAAAAUAAGAAUGCUUUAUUAGGUUUUUAAAAAUAUUAACGGUAUUGCACAAGGUUGGUAAAUGGCUGGCAAUAUUUUAUGUAAUAAUAAUAAACUUCAUGUAUGAAGCUAUCAUAAUUAUGCAAGCCAACUGAGCAUCAGAAUUAAAUAUAUUUCCCAAUUUACUACACUAUUUAGGAUAUAGUUUGUUUUGCUUGCCAUCUACUUUUAAUAUCUUCCAAAAUAAAGGUCUCAAAUAAGAUUAUUACUACUAAGCAGGGAAUUCAACUAAACCUCUUUAUCCAGUUUAGAAUGUAGAUGUUUGCUGUCAGAUGCAGUUGUUGAGGUAAAUAUUAAAUACAUUUAAUGGAAAUUUAUGUAACUUCAUGAAAAGAAAAAGAAGUUUAUGCUUAUUUGGGAAAAUGAAACAGAAUGCGAGGUGAAUUGUGGAGGGCGGCGUAAACAGCAGAUGGAUCAGUGGGGCUGAAUGGCUUAUUUCUGGUGUGUAAUUGUAGCAAUAUCAGUGUUUGAUACUGCAAGGUUUUCUUCCAUUUUCUGCCUUACUUUCAGUAACUAGCAUGUAAGGUUUUUCAUUGCACAUAUUAUAUUUAGUUUCCUUCAUACUCUCAACAAUGCUCUUUUCCUUAAAUUCAGAGAAGCACUGAUAUCACAUUACCAUGUUCCAAACCAACUACCUGAGCCUUACUAAGACUAAUAACUUACUGUCACCUAUAACUGAAUCAUGGGUAAUUAAAGACAGUAGUUUUUCAUUUAAACAUUCUUCUGACCUGUUGUACACAGGAAUUGUUCCAAGCACCACACCACUGAUCAUUGUUUAUUAUUUAUUUUCUGAUUGUGCUGCUGGCAAGGUGUAAUUCCUAGAGACUUUAUGCAUCUCUUGAGCAAUAUGAUUUUUCUGCAAUAUGGCUUUUCUGAUGAAGGGCCUAGGCCCAAAAUGUCAGCUUUUGUGCUCCUGAGAUGCUGCUUGGCCUGCUGUGUUCAUCCAGCUCCACACUUUGUUAUCUUGGAUUCUCCAGCAUCUGCAGUUCCCGUUAUCUCUGAUUUUUUUCUCUGAUUUUCUUCCCUGAUUGUUGGAGAAAUGCAAAACUCUGCAAGUUAUAGCUAAAUUAAUAUAAUGUCAUAUAUGAAGUUGCUUGUAGUUUUUAAUCAAUAACCUUAAAUAAUCAAACCAAUUUAGGUAUAAACAAUAACCUUGAACAAUCAUUACUAUCUAGUCGUAUCAGGACAUUAUAUUGCUUUACAAUACUGCAGCAUUUUUAUAUGUACAUUUUUGGGAAUAAACUGAACUACAAUUGUAAAUGAAGGGUAAAUAAUCAGAGUAGAAACUAUUGGGAUCAAGAAGAAUUAAAUUACGAGUUCUUAAGUAUUUAUAUAACUUUUGUUACUGGACUAUGUGCUUUGCCCUAAAGCUAAAAUCUGGAGGUUUUAAUAUUAUAAAUCUAAGUGCUUUGAAAUGUUUGAAAUAAUACCCUUUCAAUUUUGCAGACAAAUUUGUGUAAAGACAGUUGUCGCCUUUUGCAAUAUUCUGAAAAACCAGUCCUUACGGAGGACUUUAGCUUUGGGAAUCUAUUGUUGACUAACUUCCAAGUCGUGAACCCACACAAGGUGGCAGCACUGUUUCAGACAGAAUUUGAUGCAGAGUGGCCAAUUAGAAGUCAACUCCAUGCCACAUAAUUAGGAACGGUGGGCUGGUUCAGGCAGAGGAAACUGCAGUCAGCUCAUCCCAUUCCAGAGGAAGCCAGCAGCCCUUACUAGUGACUGGUGCGAGUGCUGCUGAGGCUUGUGUGAUGUGACAAUUUAGAGACAUCCGUCACCAGGCUUUCAACACUCAAAGCAAGGCUUUGAAUAAAGACAGCUGCUUUGCAAUUUGCUGCUGGAAACGUUUAGAUCUCUUUCAGCUGGGCCAGUGUAAUGCUGCCUGCUCUCACUCAUCAGGGAACCAAACAGAGGACAGAGCUUCAUGUUGCUAAGCUUGUGAUAAGUUCUGUUAAAUAUCUCUUUAAUUAGCUUGAUUGCGUUGCUAGCAGUGCAGGUGAGAUGAUUGUACCCCUGGAAUAAGUGUGAGUAGGCAGGAGAGCAUGUUGAAUCACCGCCUCGAUGCUUUGUAACAGAAUUUUGACAUCCCCAAGCCUCUGAAGCUGCUUCUGCAGCACUGACAAAUCUGCCUUAUUUGUUCUUAUUAAAUAUAAUAUAUUGCUCAGGUCUUCAAACUAAAAGUCUCUUUGCAGUUGGU